AUGAGAAGAAACCUUGGAAACAUGAAGAAAAGGUCGCGGGUCGUAGACGAGAACAGCUUCCACAAUCUGGAUGAGCUGCCACAUAUCGAUAUGGAAAGAAGAAGAUCUAGAGGAGGAUGGCACAGUAAUGGUCUGGCAGCUGCUUUGUAUUGCAUUAUACGCACUCCGUUUUCAUUGAUUUCAUGUCUGUUGAACCCUCAGAUGAAUGGCACUGAUGACAUGUGGAUGUCUGCAGAGCUGCCACGGAUUUCAGAGGUGAAUCAUCUCAUGGUUAGAGACAGCAUGCGCUAUGCCAUUUUGAUGUGA